UCGCGCAGCUCUGGAUAAAGGCGCCGCUGCGUGGAUGUGGACGAACCGAGUCACGGACGAGACGCCCUGAAGAUGGACACGAGUGUCCGUGUCCGUGCUCGUGCUCGUGUCCGUGCUCCUGUUUGUUUUGAUCUUCAGUGAGAAAGACGCGGUGACGCGCACAUUAGGAGCGCACGGACACGCGCCUCACCGACGGAGCGUCGAGACCCGAGACCUGAGGGGGAAUGUUCCAUGAUGGAGGAUAAAGGGCCUCGUGUAGCCGACUACUUUGUGGUGGCUGGCCUCACAGAGUCUCCCACACCCCUGGAGACCGGCCUCUCGGAGUCUCCCACACCUCAGGAGGAGGGGCCGCACUGGGACGACGUUUCCCCGCGGGCGGCUCGGCCCAAAGCCCCCAUCACGGACGUGGCGGUGGUGAUCCGGUCCCUGGGCGAGGAGGUGCCGGCGGGUUUCACCUGCGUGGAGAACACGCCGUCCGGACUGUCGGCCGAGCUGAACGGAGCCAGUCUCAGGGGGCAGCAGAUCUUCCUGUGCUUCAGACGAGGACGAGAUAAACCUCCUCUGACAGACCUGGGGGUGCUGUACGAGUGGAAGGAGAAGCUGAAGUCGGGCUGUCACAUCGUGCAGACGACGCCCUCAGGUCGCCCGGCGAACAUCAGCAGCUCGUCGUCUCAGAGGAUCUACAUCACGUACCGCCGCGCGCCCAAGAGCCAGCCCCACACGUCCCUCGCCCUCACCGACGUCUGCAUCAUCGUGCCCGGCAAAGGAGAGAGCCCCCCCCACACCUUCUGCAAAGUGGACAAGAACCUCAACAGCAGCAUGUGGGGCUCGUCCGUGUACCUUUGUUAUAAGAAGUCUUUGGCCAAAGCGAACACCAUCGCGUACAAAGCAGGUCUGCUGUGCCGUUACCCCGAGGACGAUUACGAGUCCUUCCCUCUGCCCGAGUCUGUGCCCAUGUUCUGUUUGCCCAUGGGCGCCACCAUCGAGUGCUGGCCUCACCACACCAAACACUCGCUGCCCGUCUUCUCCACCUUCGUCCUGACCGGAGCCUCGGGGGAAAAGGUGUACGGCGCAGCGAUCCAGUUCUACGAGCCGUACCCGGAGGAGGUUCUGACCCAGCGGCAGCGCUCGGACCUGGGCCUGUCCUGCUCGGGCCUCGGUCCUGAUGGGAGUGGUCUCUAUAGCAACAAGAGCAUCUGCCUCCUGUCGCACUGGCCCUUCUUCCAGUCCUUCAGGAGCUUCCUCACGUUCCUCUACCGAUACUCCAUCUCCGGACCUCACGCCCUGCCCAUCGAAAAACACGUCGCUCAUUUUAUGUUAAACGUUCCAUUUCCGUCGGUUCAGAGACCUCGGAUUCUGGUCCAGUUGUCUCCUCACGACAGUCUGAUCCUGAGUCAGCCCGUGUCCUCGCCGCUGCCCCUCAGUGGGGGGAGCCUGUCGACGUUGCUGUUGAACCUGGGCCCUAAAAACGCGGUGACUCUUCUGGUUUUGGCCGUCACAGAACAUAAGAUCCUGGUCCACUCGCUGCGUCCGGCCGUUCUGACCAGUGUGACCGAAGCUCUGGUCUCUUUGAUCUUUCCGUUCCACUGGCCGUGCCCGUACAUCCCCCUGUGCCCGCUGGCGUUGGCGGGCGUCCUGAGCGCCCCGUGCCCGUUCAUCGUGGGCGUGGACUCUCGAUACUUCGACCUGUACGUGCCCCCGGCCGACAUCAGCUGCGUGGACCUGGACACCAACACCAUCUCACAAAAAGACGAUAAAAAGGCGGUGACGUGGAAGCUGCUGCCGCGGAGAGCCUGCAAACACCUCCUGAGCAGCCUGAACAAAGUGCACCAGCAGCUCCUGCAGGGGGCUCAGCUGAACCGCGACGACCUGCAGACGGAGCCCUCCAUGACGGACAGCGAGCUGGAGGGCGGGAAGAGCCUCCAGACGCUGGAGCUGGAGAUCCAAGAGGCCUUCCUCCGGUUCAUGGCGUCCAUCCUGAGAGGAUACCGCUCGUACCUGCUGCCCAUCACCCAGGCCCCGUCCGAGAAGACCACCGACGCCAGCUCGCUCUUCGACCUGCAGGGUUUCUUGAAGAGCCGCGAUCGCUCCCAUCAGAGGUUCUACUCGUUGAUGAUGAAGACACAGAUGUUCAGCAGGUUCAUCGAGGAGUGCUCCUUCGUCAGCGACAAAGACGCCAGCCUCGCCUUCUUCGACGAGUGCGUGGACAAGGUCUAAACAGGUAAACCAGAGGACACACGUCUCAUCGACCUGGACGAGUCUCACUACAGCGAACACACCGUCUACAUCAACCCCCCCGAGCUGCCCCCCCUCCCCGAGGGACAAGAGCACCCCCUACAGUACAGUUACUCUGGGUUCCCGGUGCUGGAGGUGGACCUGCUGCAGCCUCUAGAGGGCGCCGCUCCUCCUCCGGGCGGAUCCGGCGCUCGGCACGUCAGCCCGGCCAGUCCCACCGCCAUUUUCAGACGAUCCAAGCAGGAGAUGAAGCUGGCUCAGAGGAUGGCCAAAGCUCACUCGUCCAUGCCCCAGAUGUGGUCCAAGUGUCUCCUGCGUCACUGUUACGGCCUGUGGUACAUGUGUCUGCCCGGCUUCAUCAGCAGCAGCGUCUCCAGGGUCCGAGCUCUGCACACGGCCUACGAGCUCCUGCAGAAGAUGCAGGAGAGGAACCUGCAGGCCCCGGACGAGGUGUGUUACCGGGUGCUGCUGCAGCUCUGUGGUCAGUACAGUCAGCCCGUUCUGGCCGUGCGAGUUUUGUUCGACAUGAAGAAGGCGGGACUCCAGCCCAACGCCAUCACCUACGGGUACUACAACAAGGCCGUGUUGGAGAGCACGUGGCCGUCCACCACCAGGGGGGGCUACUUCAUGUGGAGGAAACUGCGGAACAUCGUCCUGUGUGUGGUUCAGUUCAAACAGGCCCUGAAGAAACAACCGAGUCCCAACAAAGACCCGCAGCUCUCAGAUGGGAGCGACCUGGACACGGUGAGUCACGGCAGUGAGGACAGCACCAACGACUCCACCGAGCGAAUGUCCCUCGACGCCGACUUCGCCAAAAUCGACUCCAGCGACGACGGCUUCAGCACAGGAGGUCAGUCGGAUCAGGGCUACGACUCUCUGUCCAAAGAAGAGGAGCGUCUGUGUGUGAGGGACGCUGAGGCUGCAGUGACCGAGGACCGAGGACAGAGGGCGCCGCCGGGUCCGAGUGUCCGGCCGGCGUGUGCAGACUCCGCUCUCAGCGCGCUCACCUCCAGACUGGAGCGGCCCCGGUCUCUGGAGCUCUGCGGGGGUCAGGAGGCCUCAGUCAGGGUCUCCGCUCCUCACCUCUGCCCCGACGGACUCUACCAGGUCCAGGAGGAGGUGGAGGUGGACAAGCCCCAAGAGAGCGCUCAGGUCGGGGGGGCGGGUGAGAGCGGUCAGGACGGGGCGGGUGAGAGCUUGGACACGGCGAGGACCUCCAAGACGACACCGCGUGAACCUCAGGACGCCUCCACCUCCUCCAGCUCCUCCAUCUCCUCCCCCAGAGCCUCCACGCUGCACCGCUCCACCUCCAACCUGCCCCUGCCGCCCAAGACCAAAGAGCGUCUGCGUCAGUCCCCCUCCCUGCCUCUGGGGGAGCUGCGGGAGCGAGCGUCCCCCCUGAAGUCGCCGUCGUCGCCCACGCCGUCCACGGGCUCCUCCUUCUCCAUGGACGCCCUGUUCACGCCCACGCUCGGCAUCUUCAGGAGCAGCGUGAUCUCGGCGGGGAAGGGCGUGGCCGAGAAGGCGAGCCGGCUCUACUCGCGCCUGUCGUCUCAGACCUCGCUGUCGCAGGACGUGAACGUGGACGUGUUGAGCCUCUCGUCUCUGACCUCAGACACAGACUGUUGUUCUCUGCUGGACACUGAUGUGACCCUGGACCCUGAGGGCCUCACGUCGCCGCAGCACCCGACCAGCAGGGGGCCCCGGCGCAGCCCCAGCAGCCCCGACCGCGUCUUCAGACACAACUCCUUCUCUGGAGGUUUGGCUCUGGCCUCCAGGUCUCCUCACACUCCAGAAUCGUCUCCAGAAACCGGACGCUUCCAGCCGUCGCCCAGCUUCUCCGUGGAGGUCCUGGUGUCCAGCUGCAGUCGCUGUCAGACGUGUGAGGGUCUGGUGUACGAUGAGGAGAUCAUGGCCGGGUGGACGUCCAACGACUCCAACCUGAACAGCUCGUGUCCUUUCUGUGGCUCGGCGUUUCUCCCGCUGCUCAGUGUGGAGAUCAAGGACCUGAGGCGUCACAGCUCCAUCUCCAGUGUUCCUGUGGAGGAGGAGGAUAAACCCGCCUCGGUCUCGGCCUCGGUCCCGGCCUCGGUCUCGGCCUCGGCCUCGGUCUCGGCCUCGGUCUCGGCCUCGGUCUCGGCCCCCGGCGCCCGCAGCAGCCGCCCGCGCCCGUCCCUGGUGACCGUGCCCUACCUGAGCCCCCUGGUCCUGUGGAAGGAGCUGGAGUCUCUGCUGGUGAACGAGGGCGAGCAGGUCCUGUCCUCGCCGGCCGUCGUCGACCACCACCCCAUCGUCUUCUGGAACCUUCUGUGGUUCUUCAAGAGGCUGGAGCUGCCCAGUAACCUGCCCGCUCUGGUCCUGGGCUCGCAGCACUGUCUCCACGACGACCAGGUUCCUCAGAGUUUUCUGGCUGAGGACAGUCGACAGGUUCUGGUCAGGACCAUGUGGGACAAUCUGUCUCUUCACCAGGACUCAGUCCAACCCUGCUACAUCCUCUGGAACACACACUGCGCUAACUCGUUGAUCCGCUCGGGGGUUUGUGGCGAGGGGCAGCUCUUCACGGUGGAGCUGCUUCAGGGGAUCGUGCGCAGUAUAAAGAAGAGUGACCUGUUUCAGCCCAUGGGUCAGAUCCUGCAGCUGCUCGGACCUGAGCUCGGCUUCAGGAGGCAAAGGAGUCUGUACAGAGACCUGCUCUUCCUCGCGCUGGUGUCUUUAGGAAGAAACAACAUUAACAUCAGUGCGUUCGACAGGGAGUACAGACUCGCCUACGACCGUCUCACACCUGCACAGGUGAAGCUGACGCACAACUGUGACCGGCCCCCAGGAGCCGGGGUCAUGGAGUGUAGAAGGACGUUUGGAGAACCAGGACUGUGACUCCACGACCUGUGACCUCUGAACCCGAAAGACCCGAGCUCUAAAGACCUGACUCCUGAAGACCUGAGCUCUAAAGCACAACGUGAUCCAACAGGGUGACCACCUGUCCCCCUUUAAACACCUGUCCCCCUUUAAACACCUGUCCCCCUUUAAACACCUGUCCCCCUUUAGACACGUGUCCCCGUCUCACUCAUGGACAGACGUUCCUCUGGUUCAGUCGCUGCCAUCACCUCGAAUUAUAUAAAAAGUGAUAAAAUACACAGCAAAAAAUAAAAUCAGACUUGAGAAAAUAAGUGAAAAUAAUAAUCGUUUGAAUCCAGCAGUGACUUUGAUUUGAGAAUAAUUUGGUUUUGUUACUUUAUCCCUCUCCAGGCAGACGUUGCAGAUUUGCAACAGCAAAAUUCCAAUGACCAACUUACUUUUUUUACUCAGGAGCCUUUUCUCCCGUCCAGGCUGAUAAACGUGGACGAUACAGACUGAAAGAACAGCUCCACACAAACGGCCAGAAGUGCAAAGUACUUUUGUUGUUUACAAAGGAUAAAAAAGUCAGAAUUGUGUAUUACUUCCUCAUAUGAUCAUUUUCCCCAAAUAUCAGAGUUUUCCUGAUACUAAAAAUGAGAGGGAGAAGACAGUUGGAGUUCAUAAGAACUUAAAUCACCGUAACUGCUGCUCGAUUCAAGCCUUUAUUAUUAACUUCUCUUCUUAUUUAAGAUUUUAUUUUUUUUCACUGAAAUCGUUUUACGGCUGCACUGAGUCUCGGGUUUAACCUGAUCGUCCAGACUCGGUUCUGUUCUGUGUGACUCAGACUGAAGUGGGACGUGGUGUUUCUGCAGGUUUCAUCUCUGAUCUUAUUUGAUUCUAUUUCCUGAGUUUGUCUCCGUGUCCUCGUCUCUGUUCUUCUUCUUCUGUGAUUUGAGGUGGUCGCCCUUUAACCCUGUGACCAACGGACAGGUGCAGCCACUGCCACUCGAGCCUGUCAGGCUCCUGUAAAUAUAAAAACACACAGACUGUUUCAAGUGGAGAAGAACGAUUCAGUGUUUGUACAGGGAAAAAAACGGUCUAUUAUAAGACUUGAGCUUCUGUGGAGGUUGUAGCAGGUUUGUAGAGAGUGCACUUCCUGCCUGACCCCUGACCCUGUCCUGACCCCUGACCCUGUCCUGACCCUGUCCUGACCUCUGACCCUGUGAAGACUGUUGUUGAUCUUGUGUUUUCAUGAUGCACUUUUCUCGUUUGCCCCGUUCACACACACUCAGCCCCCGAGCCGCGACUCUGAGAAACGACCCAGGACUGAUUUUCCUUUUACGGGGAAAUCUUACGUGUGAAAAAACCCAGAAAACCGCCGCUCAGUCGGCCUGGUUUCCUCCGUCGGCCUGGUUUCCUCCGUCGGCCUGGUUUCCUCCGUCGGCCUGGUUUCCUCCGUCGGCCUGGUUUCCUCCGUCACGAGCUGGUUUUCCUCCGUGGUUGUGUGUUUGAUUCUCGUUCGUCUUAAAUGCUGCAGCAGCUCGUUGCCGUAGUGACCAGGUGACGCGUGAACAGAUCUGGGAGGAAACGCGUUUCCACUUUCCAAAACGCGUUUUAA